AUGGAUGAAGAGAUAUUUGAUGAGUUUGGAAAUGUCAUUGGGUCCAAGGCAGGUUUAGAAUAUACUUUGAAGCUCACAGAUACAGUAGAUACAGAAGGUUCUUUGGCUAUUCAGAAAAAAGAUGAUGAAGAAAAUGAUCUGAAUCAUAAUCAUAUGCAAUUGAUUAAUCAUAAUAUAGAUGUGGCAAAUGAAAAUACAAAGACCAAUAUGGAAGAAGUUAAUAUUCUUGUAGAAACCGAAAAUACACAAACUUUGAAUCAACCAUUAAUAGCACCCAAGAGAUCUAAAUUUCAUCCUAAACAGUAUAAAAAUUCAAUAAGAAGUACGGUAAAGGCUUUACCCCCGGUAACAUAUGAUGUGAAAUAUUUGGUGAAUAUGUCUGCUAUGCCAGAAAGAAUAAGAAAUGUUGCAAUCAUAGGUCCAAAAAAUUCUGGGAAAACAUCAUUAGUAGAUCUUAUUGUGAUGGACACUCACAGAACGAAUUCAUUAGCGGGUGUUACUGAUUCAGUUAUACAAGGUUGGAAACAACUAAAAUUUAUGGAUUCAUUAAAACAAGAGCAUGAAAGAAGGAUGAGUAUAAAAUUGAAUGGGAUAACUUUUUUGGCUAAUGACCUUGAUGAUAAAUCUACAGUCAUUAAUUUACUUGAUACACCAGGUCAUGUAAAUUUUAUGGAUGAGGUAUCCAUUGCAAUAAACGCAUGUGAAAAUGUAAUUAUCUGUAUUGAUGUUGUGGAAGGUGUCACUGCUUCUGUUGAACAAUUGAUUAAGCAAUCGAUAAAAUAUAGGAAGAAAAUGUUGUUUGUUUUGAACAAAUUUGAUAGAUUGAUACUUGAAUUAAAACUAACACCUGAAGAUACUUAUUUGAAAUUAUUGCACACAGUGGCGUCGUUAAAUCAAUAUAUUGAAUAUUUGAAUCGUAAAUUUGAAACUUCAUUAGGUCCGUUUUCUCCUGAGUUAAAUAAUAUUAUAUUUGCUUCUGGUAAAUUAGGUUUCACAUUUACAUUAGAAGAGUUUGUUGAAAGGCAUUAUAAAGAUCAGGUCUCUUUAAAGAAUACUAGAGGAAAGUUUGUUAACUUAUUAUGGAAUAAAAACCAAUUUAUGGAGUUUGUUCUUUACCCUAUUUAUAAAGUGAUAACAAGUACAUUAACUUAUGAAGAUCCAAUAAAAUUGAUUCAACAGUUGAUCAAAUCACGUGUAUUGGCUAAAGGAACAAAAAUACCAAGCUACUUACAAGAUCCUCAACCAAUAUUAAGAUUUGUCUUAAGAAGAUUUUUUGGCGAGAAUCAACUUGGUUUGUAUUCAAGUAUUGAAAAAUUGUUGGAUUCACCGUAUGUAACUCCUUUGAAAUUACAAGAGAUGAUUGGCCAUAUCUUAAAAUUUAUGGACUAUUAUGAUGACGAGUAUUGUUUGGUUAAGAUAUACGCAGGAAAUAUUACGGUGGGAUCUAAAUUUAAUGUUUUAAAUGACGAUGAGGAGGAAAUAGAUGAACCAAGUAAAACACAAGAAAAGGGAAAGUUUCAAAGUAAAUUAGGUUACUCAGUUGAAAAGAUUAUAUUGAUGGAUGGACAAUAUAGUAUGCCUGUAGAUAUUGCAUAUCAAGGUCAAUUAGUAUUAAUCAAAAGUCAAUUAAAGGACGAAAUAAUUAAGUGUGGUACCAUUUAUACAUGUUCUGUGAAUGAUAUACCGGAGUCAAUAAGAUUAAGAGAAUUGGAUUAUAUUAACAAGAGUUAUUUUAAAGUAAGUAUUGCACCUUUACAGCCAAGAGAAUUACCCAAGUUGAUUAAUGCACUGGAUAAAGUUAAUAAGUACUAUCCUGGUGUGAUUAUCAGAGUUGAGGACUCCGGAGAACAUGUGAUAUUGGGUACAGGAGAAUUAUAUAUGGAUUGCCUAUUGUAUGACUUAAGGGAAGUCUACGGUCAAAUGGAGAUCAAAGUGUCUACUCCAAUGACUGUGUUUCAUGAAAGUUGCGAUGGGGAAUCCUUUGCAGCGAUUCCUGUGGAGACAAUGGAUUCAAAAUUUAAAUUAAGCGUUGGUGCCACAAAGAUGGAUUUACGAUUGGUGAAGGAUUUAUUAAAUGGUAAUUUACCAUUAAACCAGGAUUUGAAACAACUUGCACGGAUAUUGAGAGACAAAUAUGGCUGGGAUUCAUUGACAUCGAGAAACGUUUGGUUGUUUAGUGGUACUAAUGUAUUGAUUGACGAUACAUUAUCAGAUGAAACGGACAAGGAUCUAUUAAAUGAUUGUAAAGACAUCUUGAAACAAGGGUUCUUCUGGGCAUUGAACGAGGGGCCAUUAUGUGGUGAACCUAUUCAUGGGGUACAGUUCAAAAUAUUAGAAUUUGGGAAACUAGAUGGUUCUGAUGACAGUACAGCGAUAAACAUUAAUCAACUGAUCCCAGCGAUUAGAAAAGCAUGUUAUAUAGCAAUUAUGACAGCUACACCAAAUUUGUUAGAGCCAAUAUAUGAAGUGAACAUAAUGACUAAGACAGUGUAUAUGGAGGUUGUGAAUCAAUUGUUUCAAAAGAGAAGAGGCGGACAAAUAAUUAAUUCAAGACCAAUUGUGGGAAGUCCAUUUAUAGAGAUACGUGGGCAUUUACCAAUAAUUGAAUCAGUUGGGUUUGAAGUGGACUUGCGGUUGGUCACGCAGGGACAGUCCACAUGUCAACUACAGUAUAUCAAUCAGAUAUGGAAACGUGUGCCUGGAGACGUGAUGAAUGAAGAUGCAGUUAUACCAAAAUUGAAGCCUGCUACAAGAGAUGCAAUUGCCAGAGAUUUUGUUAUGAAGAGCCGUCGUCGCCGUGGAGAACAACAUGGACCAUCUUUGGCUAAUUAUGUUGAUUCUGGGCUCUAUGAAGAGUUGAAAGAAGCAGAAUUGGUGUAA